GCAAAACAAUCGGCCAGUUUAAUUUUGUCGCUUCCAGUGUGAAGAACAAAAUUUAUUUCUUUAUUCUCGUUAAAAUACAGCCGUGAAUUGUGUAAAGUGUAUUAAAAAAAAGUGUUUGAAUAAAUUUAUUAAAAAUUUAUUAAGAAAAUUAUAUAUAUUUUCUAAACUAUAAAAGUUCUGAAAUAAAGGAAUUUUGAUUUUAACACUAUGAGUCCGCCAGCAUUAUUAAGCAAAGAUUUGCCAGACAUUGAGAAUCUUUUAAGUUUAAAUCCUCGAGUGAAAACUAAAUGUACCGCAGUCCCUACUACUGAAACCAAAGUUAAUAAGAAACAUUGGAAACGUAAUCCUGAUCGGAGUUGUGCUUCCGGUCCUAAACUAAACAAUGAUUUUGAAGACAUUAAACAUACAACUCUCUCCGAAAGAGCUGCUCUUAAAGAGGCUGCCAGAUGUUUAAAAUGCGCAGAUGCUCCUUGUCAAAAAUCCUGUCCUACACAAUUGGAUAUUAAGAGUUUUAUUACUAGUAUUGCCAACAAAAACUACUAUGGUGCUGCUAAGGCUAUUUUCUCCGAUAAUCCCUUGGGUCUAACCUGUGGUAUGGUGUGUCCUACUAGUGAUUUGUGUGUGGGUGGCUGCAAUCUUCAGGCCUCUGAAGAGGGACCCAUUAACAUUGGUGGUUUGCAGCAAUAUGCCACUGAAGUCUUUAAGCAAAUGGGUGUUAGACAGAUUGUGCCUCCGGGCAUUAAGGCUCCCAAGCAGCUGAAAAAGAAAAUUGCCUUGUUGGGUGGUGGACCCGCUUCCUUGUCUUGCGCUACCUUUUUGGGUCGUUUGGGAUAUAAGAAUAUAACCAUUUACGAAAAGCGUUCCUAUUUAGGUGGCUUGAGUUCUUCGGAAAUUCCUCAGUAUAGAUUGCCUGUGGAUGUGGUUAAUUUUGAAAUACAACUAGUAAAGGAUUUGGGUGUUAAGAUUGAAACUAAUAGAUCUCUUUCCACUAAGGACUUAACGGUGCAGCAACUACUUUCCACCGAUCAUGUGGUCUACUUAGGUAUUGGUUUGCCAGAACCUAAAUUAAAUCCCAUCUUUAAAGAUUUAAAUGAGUCUAUGGGUUUCUAUACCUCCAAGAGUUUUUUGCCUAAAGUAGCCGAUGGUUCUAAGCCAGGACUUUGUGCUUGCAAGGCUAAUCAAGCUUUACCUCAACUAUUUGGCAAUGUUAUUGUCUUGGGCGCUGGUGAUACAGCUUUCGAUUGUGCCACAUCUGCCUUGAGAUGUGGUGCCAAACGUGUAUUUGUAGUGUUUCGUAAGGGUUCUUCUGGCAUACGUGCCGUACCCGAAGAAGUCGAAUUGGCUAGGGAAGAGAAAUGUGAAUUCUUACCUUAUCUCUCACCACGCAAGGUAUUGGUAAAGGACAAUAAGAUUAUUGGCAUGGAAUUCUGUCGUACCGAACAGGAUGAAAAUGAUCAAUGGAUAGAAGAUGAAGAACAAAUUACUAAAUUAAAAGCCAACUUUGUUAUCUCUGCUUUUGGCUCUGGUCUAUAUGACAUGGAGGUAAUAGAAGCUAUGGCUCCCGUAGAAUUGGACAAAUGGAAUAUGCCCAAAUUAAAUUCCAAAACUCUACAAACUUCUGUGCCCCAAGUAUUCUGUGGUGGAGAUUUAGCUGGUUCUGCUGAUACUACCGUAGAAUCGGUAAAUGAUGGCAAAAUUGCUGCCUGGAGUAUUCAUUGUCAUUUGGAGGGUUUACCUUUGGACACACCUGCUGAAUUGCCUUUAUUCUAUACCGAUAUUGAUAAUGUUGAUAUUUCGGUAGAGAUGUGUGGCAUCAAGUUCGAAAAUCCUUUCGGUUUGGCUUCAGCUCCUCCUACCACAAGUGCUGCCAUGAUUAGAAGAGCCUUUGAACAAGGUUGGGGUUUUGUGGUAACUAAAACCUUUGGUCUGGACAAAGAUUUGGUAACAAAUGUUUCACCUCGUAUUGUGAGAGGUACUACAUCGGGCUAUAACUAUGGUCCCCAACAAGGUAGUUUCCUAAAUAUCGAAUUGAUUUCCGAAAAGAAACCAGAAUAUUGGUUCCGUGCCAUAGCAGAGUUAAAGAGAGAUUUUCCCACCAAAAUUGUAAUUGCCAGUAUAAUGUGUCAAUAUAAUGAAGCAGAUUGGACAGAAAUGGCUACCAGAGCCGAAGCUUGUGGUUCAGAUGCUUUGGAAUUAAACUUAUCGUGUCCCCAUGGUAUGGGUGAAUCUGGCAUGGGUUUGGCCUGUGGUCAAGAUCCUGUCUUAGUAGAAAAUAUUUCCAAAUGGGUACGUAAAGCGGUUAAAAUUCCCUUCUUUGUAAAAUUGACUCCCAAUAUUACCGAUAUUGUGGGUAUUGCUAUGGCUGCCCAAAGAGGCCAAGCUGAUGGUGUAUCAGCAAUUAACACCGUACAAGGUUUAAUGAGCCUUAAAGCUGAUGCCUCCCCUUGGCCAGCUAUUGGUGCUGAAAAGAAAACUACUUAUGGUGGUGUUUCAGGUAAUGCCACACGUCCCAUGGCUUUAAGAGCUAUAUCAUCCAUAGCCAAAAAGUUGCCUGGUUUCCCCAUCUUGGGUAUUGGAGGUAUUGACUCGGGAGAAGUGGCUUUGCAAUUUUUGCAAGCUGGUGCUACAGUUUUACAAGUUUGUUCUUCGGUGCAAAAUCAAGAUUUCACUUUGAUCGAGGAUUAUUGUACUAGUUUGAAGGCUUUGUUGUAUCUAAAAGCUAAUCCACCACCAAAUAAUGCUGCCUUCUGGGAUGGACAAUCACCACCAACACCUAAACAUCAAAAGGGCAAACCCGUUAUGCAUUUAACUGGGGAAGGCAAUAAGACUUUGGGUUUCUUUGGUCCUUAUUUGAAAGAAAGAGAAGAAAAACUUGCGAAAAUGCGCGAAGAAAAAGGUCCCAUGUGGAAGAUCGAUAGUGGUGAUGUUGAUGUCAAAAUUCAAAAUGGUAAUGGUCAUGUACCACAACCAGCUCCUAAGGUUAAGGAUAUUAUAGGACGUGCUUUGCCUCAUAUUGGCACCUAUAAGAAUUUGGAUAAUAAACAACAAAAAGUUGCCUUGAUAGAUGAUGAUUUGUGCAUCAAUUGUGGUAAAUGUUAUAUGACUUGUGCCGAUUCGGGUUAUCAAGCUAUUGAAUUCGAUCCUAUCACACAUAUUCCACAUAUUAACGAUGACUGUACUGGUUGUACUCUUUGUGUAUCCGUGUGCCCUAUUAUCGAUUGUAUUACCAUGGUACCAAAAACUAUACCCCAUGUUGUCAAACGUGGUUUGGGAGAGGAGAAAAAUUUCUAUACUCAUGCUUUGAGUCCCGUUCAAUAAAAUUGUAAAUUAUUAGUCAAUAAUAUGAUUUUUUGUAAUUAAUAAUAAAAUAUAAUGAAUUUAGUAUAUUAAA